AUGAGUAAUAAAGUAGACAAUUCUGGGUGGUAUGCGUUAGUCAAGUACAAGAGUGGCAAUACAACAGAAAUAGUGCCAGUGCAUAAAGUCAAAGUGAAACUGGAAAGAUGUGAACGAAAAAUAUUUAAUCCGAAAACUUUAACGGAUUUUGACAAAAUGAAAUUUUACACAGUUUACACUGUGCAUGGCAGCGAGGAUGGAAAAGAGCACAAGUGGUAUGCUCUAAUCGGUUUGCUUGCUGAGUCUCGAGAGGCAUUAGAACGUGCUAUAAUUAUGAAGAGAGUCAGUUGGCCUACUAUAUCAGAUGAAAAUGAAUCUGAACCACUCUCAAGUGAUUAUAAUGAUGGUGUAUUACAGCGAACAGAUCUAUUUAAUGAGACCAUCACCAACAGUCGUGAUUCGAAUAGAAAUAGAAAAAAGACUAAGAAACAUGCUACUGAUGCUAUCCAUGCAAAAUUACUUGCCUCUAGAAAUCUGAAUAAAAGUAAUACAUGUGAGAAUGUCACAGAUGAUGAAAACAUAGUUACACGUUUGCUGCGAGAAAAUGAAGAAUUAAAAUCUGCAUUGAAAAUGGAAAGAAAAAAUAAUUUAUCUGAAGGUGGAGAUCAUAUCAACAUUUUUCGAGAAUAUUUACAAAGAAUUGAAGAGAAAGUUGAAAAAUUGCAAGAUAAUUUUCAACAGAAAUUAGACAGUACAGGAAAGGUGAACUUGGAAAAAUUUGUAGAGUUGGAGAAAAAAAUGACAAAUGUAGAGGACUCAAUAAGUAUGAGACCAUUGUCUUCUACAAGUAGUUGUUCAACUACCUCUACUAGUGAUUUAAACACAGAAAAACAAACACACGUCAUUUUGACGUCAAAUUCUGGUCAUGUUAUGUCUUCUACAAGUAGUUGUUCGACUACCUCUACUAGUGAUUUAAACACAGAAAAAGUAUUGCUUGGAGAUGGAAUUUUCUGCUCCAAAGCAGCAUAUGAUGAAUUAAUAAAUGUGGAAGAGAACCACGCUGAUUGGGCAUAUGCUCUUCUUAAAGGAGUCUUUGGUGAGAUAGCGCAUCUUAUGAGAGUGCGAGCCAACAGCAAGCAUACCGAGAAUCAAAAGUUUCCUCCAAACUUCCUCAUGGUGGCUAAGUCAAUGCACCGUGAUUGGCUAAUCAAUCAAAAAGUUUAUGAUGCGAGUGGGCAGCUGCAUUCAAAAUACUCAACAAUAGAAGUGGAGAAAUAUGUAAAUACGCUUCCUGCUUACCUCGCGGAUCGGGCAUAUGAUAUGCAGGGUCCUCGGGGCGCAAAGAAAGGAAAUGGAAACCUCAGUGUUUCUAAACACAGUCAAAAUAAACUCACCGAGCCAAAGCGCAAAUAUAAGAGAAAAGGUCAGCCGUUGCUUGAAAUACAGCAACUUCAGCAACGACCACAUCUGCAGCAACCCAAUAUUCAACAAAUACUAUUGCCUCAGCAACUACCGCAAAAACAGCCACCGCAACAACAGCCACUACAUCAAGAACUACCAUUACAACAAGCACGUCAAGAACGACCACCACACCAAUCACUAUAUCAAGAACUACCAUCACAACAAUUACCACAUCAAGAACGGCCACCACCACAACAAUCACUAUAUCAAGAACUACCAUCACAACAAUUACCACAUCAAGAACCGCCACUCCAACAACAAUCAUCACAGCUGUUAUUACAAAAGGAAUCAUUUGAUUGUUCCUAUUUCACUCCGUCAUCAACAUCAGGAGCAAUAGCAGCGACGUUAGAGAAUGCUAAGACUUCAGAGACAGCCACAUACACUAUUCUUUAA